AUGAAUUGCUCUGCCUGCAAUAAGAAGCUACUUCGCACUGACCGCUACUUAGCAUGUAAUCACUGUCGUUCAAAAUAUCAUAUUGAGUGCCUAAAUUUAAGUAAAGAACAAUUUACGGCUUUGACUACUGAAUAUAAAUCAAAGUGGAUGUGUCCAUCUUGUAGUAAUAUAACUAAACGUAAACAAUCGAAUGUCAAUACGCCUGUCCAACAAACGCUUGUACCACUCGUAGAGAAACCAUUGAAUUCGCCCCUUGAAAAUUCAAGCUGUUCAUCAACCGAUUCCCAAUUAUUUUCCUCAAACGACGACAAUCUCGUCACCAUGGGUAAAAUUAGUACCUUAUUGGAUAAAAAACUUAAUAAUUAUCUAUCGGAUUUCGUGGAAAGUUUUAGAAAAGCAUUGAAGGAUGACGUCAAAAACCUAGUACAAGCGGAGAUGGACUCAGUUGUGCAGCAGCUUAAAGACGAUUUUACUGUAACCACUAACUUUAUAUGUGAUGAACAGUCUUCCCUAAAGCAAGAAAUUGAAAAUAAGAGUUACAUAAUAAAACACCUAGAAUCUGAAACCCUUCGAUUUCAAAAGGAGAUUAAUGUUCUGACCAAUCGUUUAACAUCAAUUGAAAAAAUUUCCCGUAGCAAAAAUUUUGAAAUUCAGUUAGUACCAGAAAGUCGAAAUGAAAAUCCAAUGGUGUUAUUCCGCAACCUGUGUAAAACAGUAAAUAUUCAAAUAGAUGAUGAGAACAUUCAUUCUUGCCGUAGAGUUGCCAAAUACGACAUCUCCUCCGAACGCCCUAGAAAUAUUCUUGUAACUCUCAUCAACCCACGCUUACGGGACCAAGUUCUCUCCGCAUGUUAUCGUUAUAAUAAAGCCAAUAAAGACAAUCCCUUGAAUACCAACAACAUCGGAUUAAAUUGCGAAAAGCGAAAAAUUUAUGUGACUGAACAUCUUUCUCCGGAAUGUAAGGCUCUUCAUGCUGCUGCUAGAAAUUUUGCAAAGGAGAAAAAAAUAUAA